AUGCUUGUAGUAAUAGACAACAAAUCAAAUUUCAAAAUAUUAGAAGAUAGUGAAGUCUUUCACCAAAAUCCCAAUACAUUGGUUCGUUCGCCUAAGCAUGAAGUUCUUGCUUUAUUAGUUCCUAGUGAUUAUACUGAAUGGAGUUAUCGGUUUGCUGAAACUUUAGAUUAUUUCGGUUUAUGGCGUAAGGGCAAAGACGUUGUUAAAUUAGGGAAAAAUACGCUUAUGAAAUAUGAAGACCUAAAUAGUUUACCAAUACAUAAAAGACAGUUAGCUAUCCCGCGUUUAGAUAGCAGCGCAAAUCAUGUUUUAGUAGCGUACGGUGGUAUUCAUGAACCGGUUGUACUUUAUAUUUGUAGAGAAGGAAAAUAUUAUCCAAAGUCAUCUGAUAAAGAAAUAAAACAAAAAUCGGAUUAUGCUAAAGGAACUAAUAUAUGUGAUAAAUUUGAUACGAACCAACCAAGUGGAAAAUAUAAAAUCGAAGGGAUGUGGGAAAAGAUUAAUAAAGAAAAUGAUUAUAGUGAAUUAUAA